GUUUAGCUGGCUAUGGACUACGCGUAAGGAGGAAGCAGGCCCAUGCUGACCACAGAUUAGUGGAAUCUGAGGAUGAAGACAUUUCUGGCGCUUCAAACUCAGAUGUCAGCUUCUCUUGUAGCACCACAUCUUCAUCAGAAGAUGAAGACGUAAGUGCCACUGAAUCUCUGCCACUUCCUAAAGAGACCAAUAUUGCUCCAGGAGCGUCAGUUUCCGCAGCAAUUGACGAGGAUAUGAGCGAGCCACCUCACGAAAAUCAUGCUACCAAGGCUCAUUCAAUUACCUACUGGGCCUGCCCAAAUUGCAUUUACAAAACAAUUCGUGCCGAUAAUUUGCAGCGCCACAUGAUUAACAACCACAAAUGGGACAAAACCAGCGAAUUCUUUAAGACCUUGAAUCAUUCAAAUCGCAAGGAAAUGUGCCGGGGGUGCAAACGAAUCCGCACUAACAUGAGUAGGCACAAACAGACCUGCCCCGGUAUAAAGACCUUGGAAAUGGCCAAGGAACAGCGGAAGCGGCCUCCAAUCUCUGUAUAUCAUCCUCCAAUUGCUUCAAAAUAUGUUCCUGCCCUAAAAGACAUUGAAAACAAUUCAGUCGAGGAUUGUUAUCUCAAAUUUUUGGGAAAAUGCUCACCUUCAACCAAAUACAACUAUAAACGUCAUUUGAGGACUUUUUUCACUUACAUGGAACAACAGUGCCCUGGAUUUGAUCCAAAGGAUUUGUUUCUGACGUUUACGAAGCCCAAGGAAGAGGCAUUCACUCUCCCGGCUAGUUUUAUUCGAGGCUUUGCUGAACAAUGUACAGCGUCUGUACUGCUUAAUGCCAUGAAAGCCAUUGCUUCAUUUAUAAAUCUGUACCACGACUUUGUUCUGAGCCAUGCCGCAGACGCAGAUCAACGUGUUUUGGACCAGGCCACGAGAAAUAUUGACCAUAGUCGAAUUCUUUUGAAAAAUCUAUCAAAGCAAGCUUAUUCAGAGGCACGAUCCACCUUGGGAACAAAUCGUUGGAAGAAAAGACAGACCGCAGACCUCACCACUCAACCGGAAUUGGUCAGAAUGUACUGUGGAAUGCUCCUUACUUCUGCCAAGCUCAAGGACAUUUGUGAAAACUUGACAAGAACAAGUCCUAGCCAAGGGGACUUUGUGCCAUCCAAAAUUCGAGAUAUUACCAUGAUGAUCCUAGAAAUGACCAGUGGGGGAUUGCGCGCCGUGUCAAUUAGAAACCUAACCUUAGGGGAAUUUCAAGACCGACAAAUUGUCUCCAGAAAACCCCUAGAGGUCAUUAUGCGUUGUAGUUCGCACAAGACGGCCAAAUUUUAUGGAGCCGCGCUAUUCAUCAUAAAGAGCCCCAUGGUGCAUGAUUUCCUAGAAAAGUACGUCAAAUAUGCACGAUUGGGUAUUGGUGGGAGUGCGGGUUAUUUGCAGCAGCCCGAGAGCCCAUUAUUUCCCUCAAAAUCAAAUAGGACUCUACAAAGCACAAAAGGGGGAAUAAAAUGGGCCCGUGCUGCUCUUUUGGAAAUUGGGGUGGAAAAUGUCCAAGACCCCAAAUUGCUGUCUUUUACUUCUGCGGCAAUCCGCAAGGCUUUUUGUGAUUUUGGUUCGAUUGCCUUGCCAAAUGGCGAAGAAGAAAAGUCUCUCUCAAAGGACACCGCCUUGCACAUGGGCCACAGUGUCCAAACGGCGGAUCGACAUUAUAAAGUGAAUAUCGACGCGAGCAGGAGGGUGUCAGAGAGAGUGCACCAGCUCCUAUUUGGAAAUGUGAAAUAUCAAGCUGCCGAUUUCCCUGAAUCUGACGGUUGUGUAAAAGAUGAUAGCGAGGCGGCUGAUGAAAAGAGAAAUGAACCUGUGGGCUCACCCCAGCAUCAUCAGUUCUCAGAAGGAGAACGACAAAUGUGUAGCCAAUAUUUUCUACGCAAUCGGCGAAUAUGUAUCGACAACGCCGAUAUGAAAUCAGCGUUGAAGAACAAGGAAUUCGAAAACCUAUAUAAGAAAAUACUGACGCUAGUUAAUGGAUCAGACCGGAAGGCCAAACAACGGAUUCGGUCGGCAAUUCGAAAAUUUGAGCGAAAGUACGACGAAUACGAUGAAGAAGAUUAAAGCGCCAAAGCUGAAAAGUGCAAUACGAUGCUUAUAAUGUUCAAUGUAAGGUACUAAGCCUUUUUUGUUUCCAUGUGACAUGCAUUGGUCCGGGAGGUCAAAUGCCGAAUUCGAUCGAGAAUGCGAACAUUUGAGCGAAAGUACGACGACUACAACAAAAACAAAUGAAGUACCAAAGCUGAAAAAAGCAAAGCUAUGCUUCUAAUAUCUUAUGUAAGGUUCGAAAAGUGUAUUAUUUUUGUUGCCGUGAGAAAUACAAGUCCGAGAUUUUA